UGGAAGAGCUGAGCGACGACCACGUUGCCCCUGCUGUAAGAGAGAAAGCUUUGCCAGAAGAAAACUUUUUAGAAGAUGUGCUGACUAGAAAGACCCCUCACUUUUAGCCCUUGGUAAAUCUGGUGCCUUAUAAAUAUGGGGUUUGGAAGUGACCUGAAGUAUUCUCAUGAAGCUUUGCUAAAACUGCAAGACUGGGAGUUGCGGCUACUGGAAAUGGUGAAGAAAUUUAUGGCCAUGAGAAUAAAAAGCGACAAGGAAUAUGCAUCCACUUUACAGAAUCUUUGUAAUCAGGUUGAUAAAGAGAGUACAUCACAGCUGGAUUAUGCUAGUAAUGUAUCUAAGUCAUGGCUGCUCAUUGUACAGCAAACAGAACAACUUAGCAAGAUCAUGAAGUCGCAUGCGGAAGACUUGAAUGCUGGGCCAUUACAUAGACUUACCAUGAUGAUCAAAGACAAGCAGCAAAUAAAGAAGAGUUACAUAGGUGUUCACCAGCAGAUUGAGGCAGAGAUGUUCAAGGUAACAAAAACAGAAUUGGAAAAAUUAAAAUCUAGUUAUAGACAAUUAAUUAAAGAAGUAAAUUCUGCCAAAGAGAAGUACAAGGAAGCUGUGUCUAAAGGAAAGGAGACAGAAAAAGCCAAAGAUCGUUAUGAUAAAGCCACUAUGAAACUCCACAUGUUGCACAAUCAAUAUGUAUUGGCACUGAAAGGAGCACAACUGCACCAACAUCAGUAUUAUGAUACUACACUUCCUCUGUUCCUUGACUCCUUACAGAAGAUGCAAGAAGAAAUGAUUAAAGCACUAAAAGGGAUUCUUGAUGAAUAUAGUCAGAUCACCAGUCUUGUAACAGAAGAAAUAGUGAAUGUCCAUAAAGAGAUCCAGACUUCUGUUGAACAGAUAGAUCCUGGUUCAGAGUACAAUGGCUUCAUAGAGGCUCACAGGACACCAGAUGUUGCACAACAAGAAAUAGAGUUUGAUACAUCUUUAUUGGAAGAAAAUGAAAAUCUUCAAGCUAAUGAAAUUAUGUGGAAUAAUUUGACAGCUGAAAGUUUGCAAGGCAUGUUGAAAACUGUAGUAGAAGAACUGAUUCAGACGCAGCAGACACUUCUAAACAAGGAGGAGCUUGUGUUGGAACUAGAAAAAAAGAUUGAGGAAUCUUCAAAGAUCUGUGAAAGGAAAUCGGAUGUUGUGCUUCUACUCAGUCAGAAGCAGGCACUAGAAGAACUGAAGCAAACAGUUCAGCAAUUGAGAUGCACUGAAGUCAAGUUUGCUGCCCAGAAAGAACUUCUAGAACAAAAAGUUCAAGAAAAUGAUGGGAAAGAGCCCCCACCUGUUGUAAAUUAUGAGGAGGAUGCCAGAUCAGUCACUUCUAUGGAUAAGAAAGAUAAAGUUUCCAGGUUUGAUACGAUUCGGCAUUCCAUUGCUGGAAUGAUAAGAUCUCCAAAGUCAAUGUUAGGCACUUCAUCGUUCUUUGAUGUAAUAUCAACUAGCGAAAAACCAUUGGCAGAGCAAGAUUGGUAUCAUGGUGCAAUCCCAAGAGUAGAAUCGCAAGAGCUAUUAAAACAGCAAGGAGACUUCUUGGUGCGAGAGAGCCAUGGGAAGCCUGGUGAAUAUGUCCUUUCUGUAUUUUCAGACGGACAACGGAGACACUUCAUCAUACAGUAUGCUGAUAAUCAGUAUCGAUUUGAAGGGACUGGGUUUCCAACUAUUCCUCAGCUUAUAGAACACCAUUACCAAACAAAACAAGUAAUUACAAAGAAAUCAGGUGUAGUUCUGCUGAAUCCUGUUGUUAAGGAUAAGAAAUGGGUUCUCAGUCAUGCAGAUGUUACACUGGGAGAAUUACUGGGCAAAGGUAAUUUUGGUGAAGUGUACAAGGGAACACUAAAAGAUAAAACUCCUGUUGCUGUGAAAACCUGUAAAGAAGACCUUCCUCAAGAGUUGAAAAUAAAGUUUUUAUCAGAGGCCAGAAUACUCAAACAGUAUGACCAUCCGAACAUUGUAAAGCUUAUAGGAGUUUGCACUCAAAGGCAGCCUAUUUAUAUCGUUAUGGAGCUUGUUCCAGGAGGUGAUUUCCUCACCUUUUUAAGAAAGAAGAAGGAUGAGCUCAAAACCAAACAGCUAGUGAAGUAUUCGUUAGAUGUUGCUGCUGGCAUGGCAUAUCUUGAAUCCAAAAACUGUAUUCACAGGGACCUUGCUGCCAGGAACUGCCUCGUAGGUGAAAAUAACAUACUAAAAAUCAGUGACUUUGGAAUGUCUCGUCAAGAAGAUGAUGGAGUCUAUUCCUCUUCAGGCUUAAAGCAGAUUCCCAUCAAAUGGACAGCUCCAGAGGCUUUGAACUAUGGGCGAUACACUUCUGAAAGUGAUGUAUGGAGUUUUGGUAUCUUACUUUGGGAGACGUUCAGUUUAGGUGUGUGCCCAUAUCCAGGAAUGACUAAUCAGCAGGCACGGGAGCAAGUAGAGAAAGGCUAUCGAAUGUCAGCACCUCAGAAGUGCCCAGAGGAGAUCUAUAAAAUAAUGCACCUGUGUUGGAAUUACAACCCUGAACUCAGACCAAAAUUCUAUGAGAUUUACAAAGAACUGGCUGCAAUCAAGAAGAGAGUGACAUAGUGAACAACUAGCAGGAUUCAAACUUCUCUUUUUCUAGAAAGUAA